UUGAGUAGUUUAUUUUGAGUUUUCAAAAUGCGUUACACCCUUGGAUUUUUGCUGCUCAUGGGCUUUACUUUAAUGCUUACGUCAGUUGAAAGUGCUGACUCAUCUGGAAAAUCCCGGAAUCGAGAAGAUCGUUUUGAUCUGAAGAACGAGGGCGUUGGAAGUACGGAGGCUGACGACCUCAUUUCUUCGUGUGAAAGUGCGGAGAGUGUGGAAAGCUCGAGCUGCAGGCAGAGGAAAAAUAAGUACCACAAGCGAAAGACUUUUCGAUUCGCUAUUUGAGAAAAAGAUUUCAUUUUAUAGAAUUAAAUUGAAUAUUAUUGUAUUUAACAUAAAUUCACUAAUAAACCGUUUUUUAAUUUA